AUGUGCGAAAAUUUUGCUGGAGUAAAAACGCAAAAAAGCGAUCGUGAUGAAUCACAGACUCUGCUUAUACCAUCAUUGACACCAGCAACUUCCAUUUGUAUUGCUACCACCAACCAGAAGUGGGAAUCAACUCAUGCAGAGUUAAUUAAAAGAGAUUAUGAAAUUCAAGGAAUAGCUAAGAAGAAAUAG